CUCACUCUUCCCUCCCUCUUCACUGCAAGCUCCAAUGGCGCUCCUCUCCUCCCUCUCUCUCCUCAUCUCCGUCUUCUCUCUCCUCUUCCUCUCCCCUGCUUCCUCCUCCCAGGUCCCAAACCCUGACUCUGUCGCCCAAGACCUCGAGAGGAGCAUUAAUGCAUCGAGGAGGAAUCUGGGGUACCUGUCGUGCUCGACGGGGAACCCCAUUGACGACUGCUGGCGGUGCGACCCUAACUGGGAGACGAACAGGCAGCGCCUGGCGGACUGCGCCGUGGGGUUCGGGAGGAACGCCGUGGGCGGCCGGAACGGCAGGAUAUACGUGGUGACGGACCCAAGCGACAACGACGCGGUGAACCCCCGGCCGGGGACGCUCCGGCACGCCGUGAUCCAGGACGAGCCGCUGUGGAUCAUCUUCAAGCGCGACAUGACGAUCCAGCUGAGGGAGGAGCUGAUCAUGAACUCGUUCAAAACGAUCGACGGUCGAGGAGUGAGCGUACACAUCGCGGGUGGGGCCUGUAUAACGGUUCAGUACGUGACGAAUAUAAUAAUACAUGGGGUGAACAUUCACGACUGCAAGCAGGGGGGGAACGCUAUGGUGCGGAGCAGCCCACGGCACUACGGGUGGAGGACGAUAUCGGACGGCGAUGGGAUAUCGUUGUUCGGGGCGAGCCACGUGUGGGUAGAUCACUGCUCGCUGUCGAACUGCCACGACGGGCUGAUCGACGCGGUGGAGGGGUCCACGGCCAUCACGAUAUCGAACAAUUACAUGACGCACCAUGAUAAAGUCAUGCUGCUGGGCCACAGCGACACCUACACCCAGGACAAGAACAUGCAGGUCACCAUUGCCUUUAAUCACUUUGGAGAAGGCCUCGUCCAAAGAAUGCCAAGGUGUAGGCAUGGAUACUUCCAUGUGGUGAACAAUGACUACACCCAUUGGGAAAUGUAUGCCAUUGGAGGAAGUGCUGCCCCUACCAUCAACAGCCAAGGCAAUCGGUUCCUUGCACCAGAUGACAGAUUCAAAAAAGAGGUGACAAAGUAUGAGGAUGCGCCCGAGACCGAGUGGAAGAACUGGAAUUGGAGGUCCGUUGGGGACCUAAUGUUGAACGGGGCAUUUUUCACAUCAGCUGGAUCUUCGAACAACUACGAGAGGGCUUCGAGCUUGAGUGCGAAACCAUCGUCUCUCGUGGGUGCGAUAACCGCCACCGCCGGAACUCUCAGCUGCAGGCGGGGGUCUCGCUGCUAGCGAGCUAGCCAGCUCGUGAUCGUGAUCGAUCUAAUUAACAGAUAUAUAUGAGUUUGGGGUUUUAAUUAAAACAUAUAAUUUAUUUACUAUAUAUAUAUAUAUAUAUAUAUAUAUAUAUAUAUAUAUAUAUGUAUAUGAGUUAAAAGUGAUCAAAGGGAAGAAAAAUACAAAGAAGGAAAGGGGAAGGAAGAGUAGAAAAAGCAACAGUGAAAGUGGGUAUCUCGUUGAGGGUUUACUUUACUGGGUGUUCUCUUUUUCUUCUCCCUCCAAUUUUUUUCCUUUAGCACUUUUUACUUUGUUUUGUUUUGUUUUGUUUUGUUUUGGUUUUGGGUUUUUUUUUUUUUUGACUUGAUUCUCAUGAUUACAACCUCGGCCUGUUGAUCUCCGAGAACGAUUUCCCUUUGGGUUGGAGAAAGCAGCAAGUGCAGAUGUGUUGUUGAUAUAUAAUCCUCAAUAUAUAUAUUUAUCUCCUUAUUUACAUUUUAAAGUUCUUA